AUGAAAAGUCGCGGCUUCGGUUCCGGGGUUGACGGCUUCUCCCAAACAUCCGUGACCAUCAUCAUCGUCUUUCUUGCUAUCUCCCUCCACAAUUUCAUCGAGCUCAACUGCAUUAUCUGGUGGACGUUCAAACGUCAUGCUGGCCUGUACUUCUGGUCCUUCGUCGUCGCUACCUGGGGCAUUCCACUAUACUGCGCGGGCUUCCUCACCAAAUACUUGGGGUCCCCGUCGCUGGGUUACUUUUCUUGCACAUUGAUCGUGAUAGGCUGGAUAUGCUUGGUCACCGGUCAGUCAAUGGUGCUUUGGUCCCGGGUCCACUUGGUGCUGCGGGAUCGAAAGCUUCUCAAGAUGAUCUUGUGGAUGAUCAUCACCAACGCCAUCGUCUGCCAUGGAGCCAUUAUCCCAAUGGUCUAUGGUUCCUUCUCCAGCAGCCCUGAGAUGUGGCAGAAACCCUAUACCAUCAUAGAAAAGAUCGAAGUCACCGCCUUCUUUCUCCAAGAAGUCAUCCUAUCCGGUUUCUACAUUGUCGAAACAGUCAAGCUCAUGAGGCUCGAACGGGCCAUGGGGAACACCGAGUCGAGCCGCCGUUUGAUGAAGCACCUUAUCCUUGUCAACGUCCUCAUCAUCCUCCUCGAUAUCACCAUCCUCGGUCUUGAGUAUGCGAACCAAUAUGAGUACCAGACAGCAUAUAAGUGCUUCGUCUAUAGCACUAAGCUGAAACUGGAGUUUACCAUCCUAAAUCGCCUUGUCGAAAUGACGACCGGAAACAAGGACAUUAGCUCCGGCUCACGGAGUCGAAACAAUAUCACACUUAAUAAGACCAGUGUCGCCCUGAAAACGUUGGUCGGCGACGCAGGCGGCAAGCCUACUGGUGGUGUCUCAUACCCGGCAUAUGCCAGGGAAGGCGGCGAAGGCUCCAAUGACAGUGUACAGAUGUCGCCGACUCGGGAUGACAAUAGAGUCAUGAUGACAACGGAGAUUGUCGUCCACCGCGUGGAAAGGCGGGAUGAUGAGACGGGGAGCAACUGCAGAAAGUUAUCGGUCGACUCAACCAUUGGAGUGACGAAGGCAUUUGACGGGGAGGCCGUGUCGAAGUCAUCAUCCGAGGUCGAUUUUGCAACUCACGGUUUCUGA